CCCUGGACGAGGGUCAGCUGAGAGCCGAAGAUGGCAGUGAACGUAUACUUGACGUCAGUCACCAGCGAUAACCUGAGUCGACAUGACAUGCUGGCUUGGAUCAACGAGUGCCUGCCGUCGAAUCUGACAAAGAUCGAACAGUUGUGCUCAGGGGCUGCUUAUUGCCAAUUUAUGGACAUGCUGUUUCCGGGCUCCAUUGCCUUGAAGAAAGUGAAAUUCCAAGCCAAGCUAGAACACGAAUACAUUCAGAACUUCAAAAUACUACAGGCAGGUUUUAAGAGGAUGGGUGUUGACAAGAUCAUUCCCGUCGACAAAUUAGUAAAAGGGAAGUUUCAGGACAAUUUUGAAUUUGUUCAGUGGUUCAAGAAGUUUUUUGAUGCAAACUACAAUGGCAAGGACUGUGACCCUGUAGCUGCCAGACAAGGUCAGGAAACGGCGGUGGCCCCUUCGCUUGUUGCUCCGGUUCUUAAUAAACGGAAGAAACCUCUGAGCACUAGCAGUGCAGCCCCGCAGAGGCCCGCGGCCACACCGGAAACUGCAACUCCUGCGAAAGCCGGCCCCGGUGAGGUGGAGAAGGACCCGGCUGUGGGCAACCGGGAAGAGGAAGCAGCCGAAUUGAUGCAGCAGGUCAACGUGCUGAAGGUUGCUUUCGAAGAUCUGGCGAGGGAGAGAAAGUUCUGCUUUGGGAAGCUGAGGCACAUCGAGCUGAUCUGCCAGGAGAACGAGGGGGAAGACGACCCCGUGCUGCAGAAGAUUGCGGAAGUUCUCUAUGCCACAGAAGAAGGAUUUGUGAUACCAGAUGAAGAGGACCUGCUCGAGGAGGAAGAAGAGUACUAACAGCCCGGACCAGCAGAGGAGCACCAUCCGAAUUCUUCGCUCCAAAUCAUUUGCUUCACUGUAAAAUACUCCCUUUUAUGAUUCUUAGAGGACUCACUAGUUUCUUUUCAAAAGUACCUCUUCUUAAAGUGCACUUUGCAGAAGUCUCCCUCCUUUUUCCAUUCGUUUGAGUUAGGAACUUUCGACCUUGUAGCAGAGCAGUAUUAACGCCAGUUGGCUCACCCAGAGAGCAAAGGGGUUCACCCUAGGGCUCACUGUGUGCUUGCUGGAGACCGUGUCAGUAGAGAAAUACAAAGACUGCAUUGUAAGCUACUGUGAAA